UUCACGUGUAAUUAAUGCAUAAUUUACAGGAAAUUCAACUGUACGCAUGAUUUCUGCUUAGAAGAGCACGAUGCAGCAUGUCUGGGGCGUGAAUUUCGUGAUCGUGGGGAUAGUCAUUGCCUGUAUUCUGCAGUGCGUGCAAGUAAAGGCGCAGUGUGGAGGGAAUCCGCUGGUAAUUACACAAGAACCUUCCAAGUCGAGCUACAUCCAGUCUCCAAACUAUCCUCUAAACUACACAGAAAACACCAGUUGUGAAUGGAAGGUCAAAGCUAACUCAAAGACGUAUGAUGAUGAUUAUCUCAAAUUUGAGGUUGUUGAUUUUGUGUUGAUGGGAAACAGUGGUUGUACGACCGACUACCUGGAGAUUAUAGCAGAAACAAGAAGCACAGAUCCAGAGAAUGUUGUGAAGAAAAAUGUGGGUCGGUGGUGUGGAAAACAGUAUAGCAAAUAUUUGGAAAUACCAGGAGACGUGACGAUCACAUUCCGGUCAGAUGCAUCUAAUACCAGCACCGGGUUCCAGAUUAAAAUAGACCUCAUUAAAAGUUCUGAUGUAUGUAACAGCAUGGUGAGAAUCAACACCACGAUGCCCAUACAUGCAGGUCAUAUAGUCGCAGUGCAGGAGUUCGGUCCAACAGAGGGGUACCUGUAUUCUCCAGGCUACCCUUUUGGUUUAUACAGGGAGAUGACUUGUGUGUGGGAAGUGGGAAUUCCUGCUGCCAAGUAUCUGUACGCUGGUACAAUCCACCUGGAGAACAGUCUCCUAGAGAAACCAGCAGAAUCAACCGCCAGCAGCAAAUCACCUGGAGACAUCCACAUCAAGGAGAACUGGGAAGGAGGAAAGGAGUACAGAUAUCGUAUCGAUGAAUAUUUCUUCUUCCGGAGUUCGUCAGAAUAUUACAUGGAUAAGACGAUUACCAUAACAUUCAACAGAACCAGUCACAGUCCCAAAUAUGAGCCAGGAUUUCGCUUGUUGGUGUACUCACGGAUCCCUUAUAAGACUUCAUGUUACCAAAAUGUGCUGACUGCGGACCCAGAACCAUCGUUCGUUGAUCAUCGAGUGACUCGCUACAACUUUGCUCAUUGUCAUUGGAUGAUUAGCUCUGGGCGGUAUAUUGGUGGUGACGCCAGCCGUGUGGUCGUCAUCGAAGUAUUGGUGAUGGAUUUUGACUGGAGCACAGUAGAUUCCUGUAAUAAAGUAUUCACAGUUGAAGAUGAAAAUCGUACAUUGAUAUAUGACCACAAGUGCAAAACAAGGACAAAAUCAGACACACCAAUUCGUAUCCGCAGCUAUGGACUAAGAAUAUUUGUUCAGUUUGAUAUCGAUACAAAACUGAAUCGAAUCCUCUUCAAAUAUUAUUCACGCAACAGAUAUGACUACAGUGAAAAUCCAAUGGAAGCAGUAGAAAAUCAAAGUUACAUGUGGCUGGUCGCGCCAUCUGUCUUGAAGGAAUGGAUAACAGAACCAAUCCGGUGGCUGUUUACAACCAGACGACCUGGAAAAUGCAUCGAGGUUGAAAUUAUCAACAUGACGGACACCAAACAGUAUUUCCGAGCGUUUGAUGGUAUUGAUGAGUCAGCUGAUGAAAUCCUGAUGUGUCCGUAUCGAGACCAAUGGGGACUGCAGCCUGGGGCCGGUAUCGUGUCUAGCACCGGAAGUUCACUACUCGUCAUUGUCAACACGGUGAAUGAGCCUGUUGAUGAACCAGCACUGAUUACUUACAGUGUGACAGAUAACUGUGGAGCAGACAUCAUUGAGUUAUCUCCCGCCAAAACGACGGUUCAAACUGUUAAAGUGGACAUCAUCAAGCCACAUCAAAAUAUUCUGUGUCGCUGGAAGAUCCCCUCGGACGGCCCUCAAGUUGAGAUAAGAUCUUCUACACACCUAGCUCCAGCGUCCUGUGCUGACAACUUCUUAGCUGCUUAUACCUCAUUUUCACCAGAAAGAGUGAUCGGGAAGUGGUGCAGUUCUAACGAUUCUGUCGUUAGUGUGAGAAACCACACAUACCUCAAGUUACAAGUUGCAGAAAUGGCUAGUGGACAUUUUCAGGCCGAAUACUUUAACAUUGAAAGAACCUCAUCGUGCUGUGCUGAUCACAGUGUUAUUCAACUUACAACUGGUUCUGAUUUCUACUUGUCUUCAGCCAACCACCCAGCAUACUACCCCAUGAACUGUGACUGUACCUGGUACAUCCGUGCAGCCAACCCGAACGAGGUUGUCAGUCUACACGUGGAAGAGUUUGAGCUGCAGACAGCGCCACCUAGUGGGAAGUGUGUGGACAAACUGGCAGUUUAUCAAGGUAACGACAGAAGGGAAGCCAAUCUCAUGACCAUUAUGUGUGGUCGCGGUGCUGAUGACAAGCGAACAUUCCUGACGAGUGAACAAAACAUGACGCUGCAUUUCCUAACAGAUGAUCAGAUGUCUGCAAAGGGAUUUAAACUGCGACUUAAAUCCCUGUCUGCUAACUACACAAAUACAGCCUGGAACACUGAACUCAAAGUGCAGACCAAGUCGCUGUAUAUAGUUUACAUUGGAUCUUCCGUCAAAUGUGCUGGAGUCUGCACAUGGACGUUACAUUCUCCAGCGGACCAUGUGACUCACAUAGAAGUGAUCCACUUACAGAUACCCUGUACAGAACAGUACAUAGAAAUUGUGGAUGUGACAGAUUCGCAGAAUCACCCGAGUUACGGCAAACUGUGUGGUGGAACGUCGGACAAGGUGACGAGUUCGGGUAUCAAGUUCAACAUCUCGUUCCACGUCGGCGGUCCAGACACACACAUCAUGAUGAGAAUCAAGUACUACGCCGAACCAAAGUUUGUGGACAAUCCGUGCAACAACAUGACCUUCAAGUUGAAUGCUCUGCAUGAUAUUCCCAAGAUCAUCACUUCGCCACUCCACCCACAGAACUAUCAAAACAACCUGCUGUGUCGAUGGGAACUACACACUGAAGCUAAAGACAUGGUGAUCAAACUGGUGACAACUCAGUCUCACAUUGAAUUCACAGACGACUGCAUUGGAGACCAUGUUGAAAUAUAUGACGGUGACAAUACGAGCAGCCCCAGGCUGAGCAGGUGGUGUGCAACAGAUGCCCCGACUUACCACAGCACUGGUCAAAGCUUGCUGGUUAUCUUCAGAACGGACUUCGCUGUCGGAGACACAGGAUUCAAAAUUUCCUACAUGGCCAUUGACAAACCACAGUCAGGUUUAUCUACGCCUACAAUAUAUGGAAUUAUCCUGGCAGUUGUUCUGCUGGUGAUCAUAAUUUGUGCCUCUGUCUGGAUUGCCAGAAAAAAGAAGCACGGAAGGCAUCGUGGAUCGUCUCUGAACGUCAAGUACCAGACCCCAGUGACCUAGUUCAUUUUUAAGUAUUAACACUUCAAGUGUGUUCAUCUGUGUCAUUUCCGCAGUAGUAGAAGAAACUGGCAGCAUGAGUAUUUUUACAAAACUUGGUCAAGUCCAAAAUUGGGAAAACAGUAGAAAUGACCACACAGAAUGCUUACGUAUAAUAUGUAUAGCAAGGUUAAGGUGGUUAUCUCAAUGCAAAUUAAAUUCCUUUCUUACACACCCAUUGGUGAGAACAUGCGAUAUUUUUGAUUACACAUGGGUUGUUUAAUUUCAAGACAUUCGACUGGCUGCUCCUAGGUGAUGACCAGGUCAUCAGUGCCAUGCAGCCAAUGAAAAACAACACAGUAAAAAUAGAUUACACUGUGACAUAUAGUUAACCUGACAAUCAUGUGUCUGUGAUGCGUA